UGUUUCAGGUAAAGGUUGGGCAAGAAGUUGGAUUUCACUUUUAUUGCAAUUCUCACAAUGAAACUCACAUUUCUUAUUGUCUUGAUUGGAGUGUACGCGUGCUCUGCUCAGGAUUCUUCCACAACUCCGUCUCCUUCCUAUACCGACCGUCGAUGCGGUGAAGACUUGGGAAAUCUUUGGUUGGAUGUGGUAGCUGUGGUGGACAACUCGAUUGGAAUGACAAAUGGAGGAUUGACAAGUAUUGCCGCUAAUAUUGCUUCAGUCGUCAGUAGUGGUACUCGAAUUGGAACAAAUCCUUCUGAGCCAAGAACCACAAGACUUGGAUUAGUAACCUACAACAAAGCUGCGGCGAUUCAAGCCGAUCUUAACCAAUACCAAUCACUCGAUGACGUCUACGAUAAUGUUUUCCGUGCUCUUUCGUCAGUCAGCACUUCCGAAGAGUCAUAUCUAGCAAAUGGGCUUGCAAGAGCAGAAGAUGUACUUGAAGCCGGCAAACAAGGGUACAACCGUACUCAUUAUCAGAGAGUUGUGAUUGUCUAUGCAUCAGCUUACAAGGGAUCCGGAGCCUUGGACCCAGUGCCAGUUGCUGAAAGACUGAAAACUUCUGGAGUGACUGUUAUUACUGUGGCAUAUGAUCAAGACGGAGACGGUGCUCUUCUUGCAGAUCUGGCAAAGAUUGCAUCUCCACCAUACAACUUCACGAAUACCGAAGACAACGGGCAAGUUAUUGGAGAGAUUCAGGAUGCUUUGCUGCAAGUGAACUGUUUCUGCCGAAACUCGUGGAUUCAAUACCGUGUAUCUUACACUGAUGUUCACUCCUACCGCUACGGUGUCUGCAUUCUUCCAGUCGGUUUCAAUGCGGUAUGGCGCGCUGCCAAAUCUUCAUGCAUGAACCGAAAUGCAUAUCUUGUCACUGAAUUCGAUUCGAACAAACACGAUUAUGUCCUGACUGCAGUGAGCAAUUACACAGGAUUCAGUGUACCUCUAACUUAUCACAACGGACUCAGUAUGGUCAAAGGUGUCUGGGUAUGGGAUCAACCACAAGGAAUGCCUCAACCACAGCUUCAAAGUUAUGCAGGAUGGAAUCCAGGAUAUCCCAUUUCGGACUCUACUCUCACAGGAGUUCUGAAUCAACAAUCAAGUGUGCAACUGCAGUCUGGAUGGCAGAAUAUCAAGCCACUGACGACUGGAGCCAAUUAUGUUUGUGAAACGGCAUCUUGCGAUACUGAUAAUUACUGCACCGAAGCUGGACUUGCUGAAAUUUCCGUAAAACACUAAUAUACACGAUACAUACUUGUUGUUGUAUAAUAAUAAAUUCUGAUUCUACAGACCGUAUUUAUUUUAUUAGUACUGCUUCUCCCUCUUUGUAAUAAAAAUUUGGAAUCCA